ACAUUGCUUCCAAACGAGGCUCCCGCCAAAUUUCGCCUUCAUCUUCGUCCUCAUGUAUCGAAACGUCUGCUAUUCUAAAAGAGCGUAAUUUAGGCAAUAUGAGUGGAAAAUUCAACGCAAUCAUCAUCCCGAACGUGCCACAAGGGACAGAGCUUGGAAUUGACUAUAACCCAUGGUAUGUGGGACCGAAUUUCCGUGGUGUGAAAGACAUUCCCAGUGGCCUACAUUUCAUUUUCACAAGUAUGGUUGACCAACAGGAGCGUCACGCACCAAGAAAUGGCCAAUUUCUGUAUUUCCCUGACGAUCCAAGAACCAAAGGUGUAGUCCUCCGCUCCAAAUGGGAUGAACAAAACGAAGAGCUAUACAGUCCUUUUACAGAAUGCAAAAUUGAAGAUGUAUUGUUGGAUAAUGAAGCUGCCUUGCUAGCACCUUAUCCAGACAAUAAAGUUCUCAGGACAUGGCAAAAUCUCACUUGCUACAUAAAAGGUGAUACUGUGUCAAGGCUAUCCCCCUUAUGUGGUAGACUGUCAGUAUCCACACAAGUUGAUUGCACUGAAAUGCUAGAGAAGAGAGAGAGACAGAAACUUGGUAUUCCAGAUAAAGAAGAUGAGCAUUUUCAAAAUGUGAAAAUCAGGUUUACUGUUAUCCCAGAAAAGAAAUUUCCAGAUGGAGCCAGCCCUUCAGAUAUCACAAAGUAUAGCAUGGACAACAGCUUUGUGCUAGAAAGUUUGUUAAGCAGUUUAAGUUGCUCCAAUGCUGAGGAUGAAAUUCUUGGUGAAAUUCAAUUUGCAUUUGUCUGCUUCAUGAUUGGGCAAGUUUUUGAUGCUUUUGAACACUGGAAGGCCAUGAUGCAGCUAAUAUGCAAGUGUGAUGAAUCACUUUCUACAAGACCAAUGUUUUUUGUUAAAUUUUUUGAUGUCAUAAUGCUUCAAAUAAAGGAAAUCCCAGAAGACUUCUUUGUUGAUAUUGUGGCUGAACGUAACUUUCUUGUACAAACUUUGAAGAUUAUGUUUGGUACUAUAAAAGAUUCUACUAACCUUAAUAGAAGACUUCUCGAGAAAGCAGAGAUGUUAAAGGAUCUCCUUAUCAAAACAUUUGACUGGAAUUUAGAACUGGAAGACGACGAAGAUAUGCCUGUAAUCGUGGAUUAAUUGUAAAUAUUGGCAUCUCAUCAAUAUAGGAAAUGGUAAGCGAUCUCAUCUAAGAAAAGCAGUUAUUGAAUAUUGUCAAUUGUACUUUCCUAUUAGCGAAAUACAAAAUUACAGAAAUCGAAGAAGGACCAAACAGCCAAGAAAGAAUGAAUGUAUAAUAAACGUAUUUUGAUUUCAUUGUUUUUAAGUUGCAUAAUUAUCAUUAUUUCCAUGACAUUUUCUGGGAUUAUUUGGUAUCUGGUUUUAAGCUGAACAAGAAAAGGAAGCUCUUUUAAAUCUUUGCAAGUUAUUAACAUUUGGUAGCCUUUUUAUACUUUUAUAAAUCAAUUAUUUAGUUUUCUGCUUUAGAGAUUCUUGAAAUCAAAUAUGUCUGAAUGAUCCGUAAUAUAACCCAGUUUUAUCCUGUUUGAUGAAAAAAUAUUUGAAGUUGGCAUCUUAGGAAAAUAUUCAGUAGUAGUUUAAGGUCCCCCACUUUUUAUCAGUGAACCUAUUUUUCUUAGAAAAGUAAGAUAUGAUUAGAAAUAUUUUAUUUAUAAUAUUUAAAAACAAUGUAUAAAGGCAACUUGAUCACUCUCCAUUGCGUUUCUCCAAUAUUUUCAAGAGAAUAUCUCCUUAAGCCAAGCGCUCACUGCCGAUUUUUAUCGGCGAUGCGAAAUGUCUCAGAAAAAAAAUUUUUAAACGAUUUUAUGGGAUGAAAGGUUUACGAUUUUGUCGCUUACGACGAGAGACAAAAAUCUUGCUGUGUGCGCUGCUCAACGAUUAAAAUCGUUUCGGAUUAUUGUGAAAACCAAUAAUGACAAGGCAGGAAAGGCACAUUUCUGGAGGAUAGAAAAUUAGCAGGCGAAGAAGCACCAUUUAUUUUGCUAAUUGAAAAUAUGGCCCAAUCACAAGACGAAAUGGUCUGCUGUUGAAAAAUAACACCAGCGAUGUCGUUGAAUGCUUUGUCAAGUUCGUGCAGUUCUUGCAAUAUGCAACUUGCUGUAUUUUUCAUGUGUUCAUAGCGUACCGAAAGAUUCUUGCCCCGUGACAUUAUUUUCUUCUAAUGGGUAUUUGAAAGACAAGCAUUGCAACGUGCUUAUUGAAUUUUGAUGCCAUGAUUUCCGGCAAUAAAACAUAAAUUCGCUGUUUUAACGAUUUGCGUCAAGCGAGACUGGGCUGCACAAGAAUAAACCAUAACAGUCGUGAAAUGUGCGAUCUUCUCCAAAGAUGAAAAUCGCAGGAUCACAGGUGAAAACCUGCGGUGCGCGCAGUGGCGGCGCCAAGGGGUAGUAUGGGGUAAUUACCUCCCCUCACUUUUUUAAAAAUAUUUAAAAAGCGCUGGGUAGGGGUAGAUCAAAUUUUUUUAUAGAAAGUUAACCUGAUACAAAUCACUGAAACGAGGCAAAGUGGGCGUGGUCCCACUGGCCGCGCCCAUUACUCUCCCACUCUGUGAUAGCUGGCGCCGCCACUGGGUGCGCGCUAGACUUUAUGCAAAAAUCGGUGGCCUUUUUCAAGUUUUGCCACUAUUGCCUAAUAUUCAAAUUGACCCAACUUACAAAAUUCAUUUCUUGCACGUAGAUUUAACAUGGGAUUUUUUGUAUUUUGUUUUAAGAAACAAAUAGAAAAAAUGAGAAACCUGUGUAUUCCAAAGAUUAAUUUAGUUUUAUUCAUUUAUUUGUUGAGCAUGUUUUUCAAGAUUUAAACUUUGAAAGGGCAUAAUAUAACACAUGCUUUAAAUAACCUCUUUUGUGUGUAGCUUAUUCCGGCAUCACAAAAUUUAUUUUUUAACUGUUAUGCGAUUAAGAUAAGCUCUGAGAGCGGUGUCGUGUUCAAGGGGAAUUGUAUGCUGCUACUACAAAAAACCUCGAAUUUAUCCCUGCUGGGACAAUUACUUUUAUCGUUGUACUUCAGAUUUUGUUUUCAAAUAUUGACAGAAUUAUCAGCGAGGCAAAAAUGCACUUUAUAGGAAUAAACUGAAUAAAAUGUGACAUUUUUUCACCACUCAAUAAUUCGAAGCAUCAAACCAUUGAUAAAGCACAACUCAUUUUGCCUCGGCGGACUGGUGCUUUGCCUAAGCCAAGAAACAUUUUAUUAACUCAAGAUUUGAUCUGGUUAAUUCAAUAUCAAACCCUGAAUAAAGUAAAAGCAACCAAUGUGUUUCAUGAAUACAUCAUGAACUAUUUCUAUGCUUUUUGCAUUUUUAUCUUGAAAAUGCUGAGAAUGCAAGCACCCUCGAGCCAGAUUCAGAGGCGACGAAAAAGAAAUACGAACCUGGGAGAUCUCCCCCAUAGGAAAUGAUUUUUUGGCGUUAAUGCUUCGAUAAAUAUUUGGUUAUUCCAUGCUGAUGUUAAUAGAGACCAUCAAAAAGCUGAAAUGAAAUGAAAAACAAUUUUUAAAUACUGCAAUGCUUCAAAUAAACACUCAAGCACGAGAAUGUGAUAGUCAUGACAAAGAGCCAUUUAAUAUGUAGACUGUUAUUAAACUAUCAAGCUGGCUUCUAUAUUAGCUGAGUUGUAACCAGUUUCAAUUUCUACUGCAAUUCCUACUCAAUUUCUACUCAAUUCCCACUCAAUUCCCAC